GGGAGGCGGGCGGGGGUGAGAGGUGAGCUGCAGCCGCCCCGGGAGGAGGAUGGUGGGAGCGGCGGCGCCCUGCGCAGCUCUGGUUGGAAGUGCUUCGGACACAUUAGUUUAAUAUCCAGCUCCUGGGUGAUUUGGAUCCAAGGUGAGCAGAACCAGCUCCUACAGAGCAUAGAUAGAUUUCUCUUCUUGAAGUUCCCACCUGUGCUCUGUAGCUUCGGGAUUCUUUUGGAGCCUGCGGGACCCCAAUAUUUAGAAGAGGAACCUCAACCUGGCUAUCCCCAGCUGCGGUGGUGACCCUUGACACAUUGCCUUACAGCUGCUUAUGUUGUCCUGUUUCUAAAAGGGGACUUUUCUUGCAAGAUCCUAUAAGACAAUGUCAACUGGAAGGGUACGAACAAAAAAAAAGUCAUCUUCUUUGGACCAGUCUCCAGAUAACCUUCCUUUGAGGAGUUCUGGGAGACAGGUGAAGAAGAAGGCAGCUGAAGCAGCAGAGGAUGAUGAUGACGCAUCAGAGAAGAAAUAUAGAAAAUGUGAAAAAGCAGGGUGCACUGCAACAUGUCCUGUUUGCUUUGCAAGUGCUGCUGAAAGGUGUGCUAAAAAUGGCUACACAUCUAGAUGGUAUCAUCUCUCCUGUGGGGAACAUUUCUGCAAUGAGUGUUUUGAUCACUAUUAUCGAAGUCAUAAAGAUGGUUAUGAGAAAUACACUGCUUGGAAAAGGAUUUGGACCAGUAAUGGUAAAAGUGAGCCCAGUCCUAAAGCUUUCAUGGCUGAUCAACAGCUUCCUUACUGGGUGCAGUGCACAAAACCAGAGUGUGGGAAAUGGCGUCAGCUGACAAAGGAAAUCCAACUGACAUCGCAAAUAGCAAAAACGUACCGAUGUGGUAUGAAACUGAACAAUUCUACUAAGAUUGAGGGCUCGGACCAGUGUUCCAUGCCUGAGGAUCUGAGAGUUGCUGAGGUUUCAGACCAUUGGUGGUACUCCAUGCUCAUCCUCCCUCCUUUGCUUAAAGACAGUGUGGCAGCUCCUUUGCUCUCUGCGUACUAUCCAGACUGCGUAGGCAUGAGUCCCUCCUGUACCAGCACUAACCGAUUACUUGGUGAAUCCAACCCUGUGAAGUUAGAGCACAUAAAGAGUGCACCUAAUGUAGCUGGGAUGAACAGAUACUUCCAGCCCUUCUACCAGCCCAAUGAAUGUGGUAAAGCACUUUGUGUGAGACCAGAUGUCAUGGAAUUAGAUGAGCUCUAUGAGUUCCCAGAAUAUUCACGAGAUCCUACCAUGUACCUAGCUUUGAGAAACCUCAUCCUGUCUUUGUGGUACACAAAUUGCAAAGAAGCUCUUACCCCUCACAAAUGUACUCAUCGCAUCAUUGUGCGGGGGCUUGUGCGUAUUCGCUGUGUCCAAGAGAUGGAGAGGAUACUUUAUUUUAUGGCAAGAAAAGGGCUGAUUAAUACAGGGAUUUUGUCAGUCAGUCCUGACCAACAUCUUCUUCCCAAAGAAUACCACAAUAAAUCUGUCAUUAUUGUUGGGGCUGGUCCAGCAGGAUUAGCAGCUGCAAGACAACUGCACAACUUUGGAAUUAAGGUCAUUGUGCUAGAAGCGAAAGACAGAAUUGGCGGGCGUGUGUGGGACGAUAGGACUUUCAAAGGAGUCACUGUAGGAAAAGGAGCACAGAUUGUGAAUGGCUGUGUCAACAACCCGAUAGCACUAAUGUGUGAGCAACUUGGCAUUAAAAUGCACAAACUAGGGGAGAGAUGUGAUUUGAUCCAAGAAGGUGGAAGGAUAACUGACCCCACUAUAGAUAAGCGCAUGGACUUUCAUUUCAAUGCCAUCCUGGAUGUUGUCUCAGAAUGGAGAAAAGAUAAGACCCAACAUCAAGAUGUCCCUCUUGGAGAGAAGAUACAGGAGAUCUAUAAGGCUUUUAUUCAGGAGUCAGGUAUCCAGUUCAGUGAUCUGGAGGAAAAGGUACUACAGUUCCACCUCAGUAACUUGGAGUACGCCUGUGGCAGUGACCUCCAUCAGGUAUCUGCACGCUCAUGGGACCACAAUGAAUUUUUUGCCCAGUUUGCUGGAGAUCACACCCUUUUAACACCAGGGUAUUCUACCAUCAUAGAUAAACUGGCUGAAGGGGUUGAUGUUCGACUUAAGCUUCCGGUACACAGUAUAGACUAUUCUGGAGAAGAAGUCCAGGUCACUACAGCAGAUGGAACUGUGUGGACAGCACAAAAGGUUUUAGUUACCGUGCCACUGGCUCUUCUUCAGAAAAAUGCCAUUCAGUUUAAUCCACCACUGCCAGAGAGAAAAAUGAAAGCCAUUAACAGUUUGGGAGCAGGAGUCAUUGAGAAGGUUGCUUUGCAGUUUCCUUAUAGAUUUUGGGACAGCAAAAUUCAAGGAGCUGAUUUUUUUGGUCACGUUCCACCUAGUUCCAGCAAACGUGGGCUCUUCAGUGUGUUCUAUGACAUGGAUCCACAGGGUAAAUAUAGUGUUCUAAUGUCAGUAGUUACCGGAGAUGCUGUGACAACCAUUAAGAAUUUAGAUGACAAACAAGUACUACAGCUGUGCAUGACUGUACUUCGGGAGCUGUUUAAGGAGCAGGAAGUUCCAGACCCAGUUAAGUACUUUGUUACACGAUGGAACAAAGAUCCCUGGAUCCAGAUGGCAUAUAGUUUUGUAAAGACAGGUGGCAGUGGUGAGGCUUAUGAUGUUAUAGCUGAAGACAUACAAGGAACAAUCUUCUUUGCUGGUGAGGCCACAAACAGGCACUUUCCACAGACGGUUACAGGAGCCUACUUGAGCGGCGUUCGAGAAGCAAGCAAAAUAGCAGCAUUUUGAAUACUGACAUUUGCGUCUAUAUAUUUUUUAAUUGUUUUCUGUGGGUAAGACUUUCUUCAAUUUCCCCUUUGCUAUCAUUCCCCCAAGUGGUACUAAAAACAGUAUAUGGUAUCUGAAGAUAAAAUCUUCAUCUUUGUUUAAUUUUUUUUCUUUCAAACCCCUGGUGCUACAUGAAGUCAUAGUUUUUCCUAAUGUCAUUUUUUUCCAACAAAGAUAUUAGUAACGUGUCAGCACUGACAUUGGAGUCUCUUGCUACUGUGGCACACACAGGUCUACUAACAGAGCCUGCUGUGUGAGGCCUUUUUCUAUAUGGUUCAGCCCACGCUAUUGUAGUAACCCACCUGCAUUGAAGUUCAGAAUAAGAGAGCAAUUGAUUUCUAUACAGUAUUAAAACAUGGUGAAUUAUUUGGUGGUGGGACUUCUAAAUUCAUUUUGUUCUCAGGUUGAUCAUGAUCAGAGUAGCACUUGAACAAACAAGCCAAAUCAUGGAAUGAUAAUGGAGAUGGUUGUAAGAGAGAACAAAAUCAGUUACAUCUCCCCACCCCUAACCCCAAUAACCUCUUCUGACAUUUUUUCAAUGUACUUACUGUCCACCAGUCAGGCUUUGGCAAUGUGUUCCUUUUAAAUAAAAACUGCUGGAAGUUUAUAGUGCAAUCAUCAAAGGGUUAUUGAAGCUAAAGGAUUUUUCAAAAGGAAAAAAGCUUUUAUGUUGCAGUAAAAAUGUCAAUGCAAUGUUCUCUGUGCUGCAUAUUCAGCAUUGUACAUGUAGAGGAAUGAUCUUUAUGAUAAGAGUAAGUUUAGGUUUGCUCAGUGUUGCUCAUCAUGUAAGUAGGGUAGCGAAAAAAAUUGUAUGGGUUUAGAUGUUUUUCCUUUGAAAGUGAACUUCCAAAUUCAUUUGAGCUGAGUAGGUGAAUCACUUACACGUAUAAUUAUGAGAGCUUAAUUGGGGAUAAAGAGGGUGUAAGUUAUUAGUGGCUCAUUCAGCUUUUGUAUUUAAAAUAGGUGAAGAUGAAUGAGGUAAAAUAUUCAUGCUUUUUAUGAAGGGCUGAAAUAAGAUGGCUUGCACUUUGAUUUAGUUUUUUAUUAUUUGAAGGUAUUAUUAAAAAAAAGACUCUGGAGUAAUUCAGUAAAGGAUAAGCAGAUACCUAAGAAGUUUUUCACACAGGGGAAGGCAGCAAGAAAUAAAACACACAGCAUCCAAACCUGCCUUAACAUCCCACAGAACAGGGUAAAUGGAAAAUGUUUUAAAAUAAAAUGAAAAAUAUACAUCAUUUUUCCUCCUGUGAUGUUACUGCAGAGUUCUGUAUGAUUCUGGAAGGAAAAUAAGCACUUAAUUAUUUUUCUUAGUCUCAAGCAUGCACUCUUUUUAGAAUGCUCUGUGUGUGACAAAGCAAGCCUUCUUGAGUUACAGUGCUUAACUCUAGAAAGGUUACCUUUAGAAAAGAAGCCUGCUGAAGAAAAGCAAUUUUUUUACUCUUCUUAAAUACCUAAUUUGUUUUCUAGGGUAGAAGUGAUGUUCAGAUGUUAAAUAUUUUUAUUUAAUCUUUAAUUUACAAGGUUGAAGAUGUUUAUACAUGUAACUAGAUCUGUUUUUCAGCUAAAUAUUCAGCUUUUUAAAAUUGAAUUGAGAAUGUGACAAAGUGUAAGUGUUCCUAAUUUUUUUUUUUUGCUCUAAAGAAUGCUAAUAUUUACAGUUCUGAAAUACUUUCAAGUACUAAAUUGUAAUUGGCUUAAAGUUUAUAUAGAGCAAGGCUUGAAAUCCUUUGCUUAUAGAAGAAAUGGUAAUCACGGUUUAAAUUUUGCUUUUGUUAAAUCACUGCUACUUUGAUAAUUCCAUGUUGGAUAGACCAGUUUAUAAUGGAAGUGAGCGAGAUUUCAAUGGGAAAUGAAAAGUAUCCAUGGUGGGUAAAAGUGAAAGGAAGUGCUCCCUUCCUCUCUCAACGUACUAUACAAGAUAGGAAAGCAGCUUAGAAACGGAGUUAAAUAAAAAUUAUUGGUACAAGCUCAGACUAUAAACUCUAUUUACAGGCCUUGAUCAAAGCUCCAAUCAGCUUCAUAAUAGCAUGGAAACAGUUAAGAGCCUGACCUUUCAGUUAAUCCUUAGUGUCUUAGAUCCCAAUUCAGCAGUCUAUCCCUCUUCAGCAAAGCAUUUCUGUACAUGCUGAACUUUAAGUAUGGGCCCAAGUGCUGUUGACAGCUGCAUUGGAAUUUAUAUACAUUCUUAAUAGGCACGUUUAAAUGCUUUGCUGAAUUAAGGCCUUAUUAAAAAGGCAAGAAUGAGGGAUAAUAAAUGCAGACCAUUAUUUAUAAUGGACUAAACAGUUUAAAAUUUACCAUGUCUGUUAUUACUUUGGUAAUGAGGCAUUUAGACUGUAUUAUGCUGCAUUCAGUUGUGGAGAAACAAGCAUAAAGUGAGUGUUCCAUUUUGUUUAUACUCAUUAAAGAGCCUUAGAAUUGGCCUGACUUAAGUGUUGGAGAAGUUCUUGGACUAAUAAUUAUGUCAAAUUUAAUUAAGCAUGCUAGUUUUUCUAACUUGUGUACAGUUUAUUCCCUGUAAAUAAACUGGAGAAUGGCUUUUUAAGUAAAUUUGUUUAAAAUAUGACCAAAAUGUCUGAAGGCAGAGCAUGAUCUGUUACACUUCAACUCUUCUGUGUGACUGUUAUGACAGCAGAAUAAAACUGGAAAGUGUCCACUG